CGACGAGUGCAUACGUGGCGCUGUGGUAGUAACAUGCCACUCUGAAGUGGCAAAAGUAAGAAAAAGUGUAUGUUGUUUUUAAUUGGUUUGUAUUGUAAUUUGAUAAAAUGAGGUGGCUUAUUUCGUGUUUGCUCCUAAUUUUUCUGAGCUCAAAUGCAAAUUGCUAUUUCAUUACCGUGGAUGCACAUGCCGAAGAAUGCUUCUUUGAGACGGUGGAAGCGGGCACAAAAAUGGGACUCACAUUUGAAAUAGCAGAAGGUGGAUUUUUAGAUAUAGAUGUAAGAAUCAUUGGGCCUGAUGGAAAGAUAAUUUACCAAGGGGAUCAAGAAAGCAGUGGUAAAUAUACGUUUGCUGCACAUCUUUCUGGUGCUUAUACGUACUGUUUUGGUAAUCAAAAAAGCAGUAUGACACCAAAAGUUGUUAUGUUCAAUAUGGAUGUCGGUGAAUCUCAGAAGCCUAUAGAACAAACUUCAGAUGGUAAAAAUCCUGAGGAUGCAAACCAUAAUAAAAUAGAUGAUAUGAUUAAAGAAUUAAGUACUAGUUUAUGGGGAGUAAAGAAUGAACAAGAAUAUAUGCAGGUUCGUGAUAGAAAUCAUAGAGCUAUUAGCGAAAGCACAAAUUUUCGUGUAGUUAUGUGGGCGUGCUUCGAAGCUAUGGUUCUGGUUUGUAUGACAGUAGGACAAAUUUUCUACUUAAAACGAUUCUUUGAAGUCAGAAGAGUUGUCUAAUUUAAGGUAUAGAAUAAAGUCAUACAUUCAUUGUACAUUUUUCUAUGUGAUUAAGUUAUAAUAGAAUUAAUAAAUUCAAACACUUCACGUUUAUUGUUUUCUCUCGAAUAUAAAAUGCAAACACGCUUUAACAUUGUUGAUAGCAAAACGAAGAUUUCAUAAAUUAAUAGAUUUUUUAUGAAUGAAAUAAUGUAUGUUUAUCUGUAAGAUUUACUUAAACGGUAAAUUUGUUGAAAUAAACAGAAUUUCUUUUUUAUCAGUGGUAGCUGAAAGUUCCAUCUCGUAACCUAAGUAUGUGUUCUUAUAUAUCAUUCAUCAACAUAUAGAGUUAUUUUUAUUAAAA